UCUUUCUUACAAACUAACGUAAAUCUUAGCGCAAUUUGGAAAUGAGAUUAUUAAUGUUUAGUUGCCUCUACAUAAUGAAAUCACUGUGGUGGAAGAAGUGAAAAGAACCAAUAACAGAAACCAAAGCCACGUGUUCAAGGAAGUGAAAGUAGAAGUAUAAUAUCAAACGUAUGUAUGAAUGUUGCAUUCUCUAAAUUAUCUUUUAUCACUUGAAUGAAACUGUUGGUUUUUAACUUCUGGAACUGAAUAUAUUUUUCUUCUUUAUAAGUAAAAAAUGAACAAAUAGAAUUAAACAUAUGUUACAAACAUCUGUUAGUCGCAUUAAAUGGUGAGGUUGCAAAGUGGAGCUGGCAAAACUCAGUGACGAUAUGGUUUUCUUCAGUAGCAUCAUGACCAAAGUAAUUCCAACAUACAGUAUAUUCAUGCAGUGUCUGUUCAUGGUAGUGAUGGGCAAAUUAACCUUUUGUGAAGUGCUGACUGAACAACCUGAGCCAAUUGUUUCGAAAAUGGGUUAAUUACUCGAGGCUUCAGAUAGAGUGACAUCUCCUGACAAAGUGCAAGGCUGCAGUCAAUGUCUGAAGCUGUGGGGGAAUACAAGUUUUUCUUGUAUUGUGGACCUUUGAUGACUUGUGAUGGUAUCUUUAAAGGCCACCAUUGACCUUUGUACCGUUGAUGGUUAUCAUAGCUAUGAUAGGUAAUAUUGUAAGACAGACAUGAUAGAAUAAGUUGGAGUGAUGAUGUAACUGCUGGCGUAACAUUCAUGAAUAAACAGUGUCAGAUACUGGAGAGUGUCGCUUACUUCGUGGAACCCCUCAAGCAGAUGGAGUGGGAGUCAUCAGACGACAGACAGGGAGGAUCAUUGUGCGACCCCCUUGAUUUAACCAAUUCUUCUGAGCCACCAACCACCAGUAACAUCACAGAACAUGAGUUCUCAUGUCACUGUUGCUAUGACAUCUUAGUGAACCCCACCACUUUGACCUGUGGCCACAACUUCUGUCGCCACUGUCUGGCUCUGUGGUGGGAAUCCUCACGCAAGAACGAGUGUCCAGAAUGCCGGGAGAAAUGGGAGGGUUUUCCUAAAGUCAACAUACUGCUGAGGGAUGCCACUGAAAAGCUGUUCAGUGACGUCAUUCAACAGAGAAGAGCAGCAGUCCAGGCAAACCCAAAAGUUUCCCGCAGCCUGUUGGCCUUCCAGAGAUAUGGCGACAACUUGGGCAGAUCCAGGACAAACCAGCACAAAGGAGCGGGCUUCUUCUUCUCUGGUGUCUUAUCUGCACUCACCUUUGUGGCUGUAAUGGUGAUGGUGUAUCACUGGAGCAGUGGUGUGGUGGAGCAGCACGACCUGCUCAUCACUAAACCAGUGUCUCACUGGACGGCAGAGGAAGUUGUGUCCUGGCUGGAAAACCUGGGGCCCUGGGCCCAGCUUUACAGUGAAGCCUUCCAGCAGGAAAACGUCAAUGGAAGGUUACUGUUAAUGCUGGGCGAAGAGGAGCUGUUAAAGCUGCCUUACAACAUUGAAAGUCAUGCACAUCGACGAGCUGUCUUAGCUGAACUGGACAGAGUUAAAGUUCUGGGGGUCAAACCUCCACAAAAUCUCUGGGAAUACAAAACGGCCAACGCUGGGAAGUCGUUGUUUUUGCUGUACGCACUGAAGCGAUCGCCUCGUCUCACGCUCUUCUACUUGUAUUUGUUCGACUAUGCGGAAACCUUCCUGCCCUUCCUGCACACCUGCUGCCCAGCCAUCGCGCACCUCGACCACUCGGUGGAGAGCAGCUUCCUCAACUCACAGUUGGAGCCAAACUGGCGUCAGUGGGUGGAGUUCCUGGUGAAGUAUCUCCUGCUUCCGUACCAGCUAAUAGCAGAGUUUGCGUGGGACUGGUUGGAUGUCCACUACUGGACGUCCCGCUUCAUCAUUGUUAACGCCAUGCUGCUGUCUGUGCUGGAAGGCUGUACACUGUGGAGACUGUUGACAAGAGCCAGGAUCAGGGCUCUGCCAGACAAGAUGUGGAACCAUCUGUGGAAGAUGCUAUCGCAGGGGUUUGCAUUCGCUCUGCUGUGGCCAUUCGUCCCGCAGUUUGUGUGCAACUGUUUCUUUUACUGGGCAUUAUACUUCAGUCCCAUCGUCAAUAUAGACAUGGUGGUGCAGCAGCUAAUGCACCCGGAAACACAGGCGCCGUAGCAACUGGGGCUCAGUGGAACGGCACACGACUCAAAAGCAAAUGCAUUAAAUGGGUAGAAAGCCAGUUGCUGGAAAGCAGCUAUUUAUUUUCACCAUUAAAGAAUGGCGUUGCUGGCUUUUGCUGCUGGAAAGGAAGUUUUUUUUUUCUCUCCCACUUUCUGGCUCUUCUCUCUGCUGGAUGUUUGCCAGGCUGGCUUUGAGCUACUCUAGGAGAGAAGAAAUAUGAGGAGAAGCAGUGAAAGGUCCGUCAUCAUGCUGAUUCGGAGACCCUAUUACUGUGGACUAGUACACAAAUCACAUUACCUAUGCUAUACCUAAUUACCAGAAUGCUUUAGAAGGUAAGGAUACAAAAGAUAAGUCAUGUUCAAACACUGGAGGCAGUGAAGACUGGCCUUAUGAGGAGUUCCCUGACAGUUUACAGUGUUGUAGUACUGUAGUACUGCUGUUGAGACAGCCUCAGUCCAGAAUAAGGGAAGCUUUGUUUUUUUUUUAUUCAUAUACAUACCUGGUUACUGACAGUAGAAGAAAUCAAGUACACAUUUUUUUUUUGUCUAACUUCUAUAUUCAAAAAUCAAAUGUCAUUUUUUUGGCAUGUUAUCCACAAUCAUUUACAGGAACAACUAUCAGUUUGAGUAAUGUGGCAUUAUCAGUGUAUGCAAGUCCUUAUUCUGUAUUCUUUGGUUGGCACCGUCGCUCUGACGGCGACUGAUCUUGGUGCUGGAGUUCAAAGAUUUAAGACAUUUAUGUUUUCUUUCAGGAGUUGGAUCAGCAGGAUUUGGGCACUUAAGAUUUGAAAUAAAACUGAGAUGUGGAUCUUUUUUUAUGUUGAUAUCUUUAAGGAGAAACAGCUUGGUGCAUAUUUUAUUUGAUUGUACCAGACAAAGAUGGAGUUGCACUUUUCUUUUCUUUAAUUGUUGAAGAUGAAUUUUCACAGUAUACAUUUCCAUGUGGAGGGUGACAAGUACUCAUCAAGGACACAGUUUUUUGUUUUUUUACAUUUCUUGUUUGCACUUGAAGGUUCUCACACUGUGAUUUUGUUCUUCAGUGUUCUCUAAUGCCAUAGGAAAAAUAAAGAUUUUUAAAUGUUAA